CUUAAUGAAGUGACGUUUGACGUUUUGUAUCCUAUUAAUAUUAUUAAAUAAAUAAUAAUAAAUAAAUAAACAUUAAUAAACCUAGAAAACGUUUACCUCAAACAUGUCUCAUAAAGAAUACGAUCUUAAUUCCAUAUAUAUGGAUCAUUGCUAUUCGAGGCCUCACAACCAUGUAUUGGAAAGUAGAUUUUUAAGGCCAACAAAAACUCUCUUUAUUUCACACAAAUCUAACAGAAAAUCAACGAAUCCUUUGGCACCACAACAAGAUGUUGAUGAUGUUAUAGAUGUUGAUGGUUUACCGAAUGAUCCCCCUAUUAUUUAUGAUACUACAAAGGCUAAAUAUUUAAUGGGAGAAUGUGAAAGACAUGCGUUAUUUGCAAGACCUAGAGAUGACGAUAUUGAAGGUUGGGAGGAUAAAAUUACUCGUAUAAAUUGGUUGCCUUCUCAUAUACGACUGUUUAACUCAACUGUUGACAUUUUAAAUUCAGAUUACAUGUCACGAUUAGCCGCUACAGGAGUUUUUAAUGAGCCAAUUGUACGCAGGAACACCAUUCAUCGUUCAGUUAGUCGGUUUAGACAAUUGAUGUGUUCUGUAUCUUGGGAUAUAAAACUUACGCAAUGGUUGCACAUUUUAUUAGUUGAUCAUCUACCUUCGACUUAUUUAGGAAUUUAUUUAGAUAUUUUACAGACGUUAAAAUCAAAAUGUCCAAUAUUCGUUGAUAAACUCCUCUUUGGUACAGCAACUAGUAGUCGAAUGGGUGCUACAAGCAACGAAAGUUUAUUCUCCCUUUUGAAACGGCCUUGGGAUCCCGUCGCUUUUCAUUUAAAUCAAGAUAAGCCGAAGAAACUUCCCGGAAACCCCAUAAUAAUUGUCAUACCUGCUAUGCCUACCACAACAUCGUCAAAUAACCAAUUUAAAAGACUUCAAAGAUGGAUUGGGUUGUUAUCAAAUUUAGCCACCGUAAUCCCAGUUUAUACAAAUAUUGGGGCAAAUGGUCAUCGUACCACAAUGACGAAUUGUUUGGAUCAAAUGUUAGCAACAACCCGAGCAAGAAUACAAGAAAUUAAGGAUGAAUUCCCAGGGAGAAGUUUAAUUUUAGCAGGAUAUAACGCAGGCGCUUCUUUAGCGCUUCAAGUUGCUCAGGUUGAAUCGGUUCUUUGUGUUUUAUGUUUAGGAUUUUCAUUGUUAACAGCUGAGGGGAAAAGAGGUGAUCCUGAUGAUAAUUUAUUAGAGUUGCAAUGCCCCGUUUUAUUUGUUAUUGGACAAUGCUCAAAUACUUCUUUACAAGAAGAUAUGGAAGAUUUAAGAGAGAGAAUGAGGGUUGAAACAGGAUUGAUUGUUGUGGGUUCCGCCGAUGAUUAUCUUAGAGUUAAUAAAAAGAAGAAAAGGGAAGAAUCGAUAACCCAAGGGGUUGUUGAUAGAUGUAUAGGGGAUGAAAUUGGUGAGUUUGUAAGCGGAUUAUUGCUUUCGCCGUAUCCUCCGCAAAUUCGUCUAUCUCCCUCGCAUAUUAACGAUACUAAUAAGUCCCCAAAUAGCGAUAGAAGAAGAAAUAACUCGAAUUGUAGCUCUAUUGAUAGUGAGCCAUCAUCGCCGAGAAUAACACGACCAGGUAUGAUUCCGCACUCACAUAGACUUAAUCCAGCGUCGAUUUCAAUUAAUAAACAAACUGGGCCAGAAAUUCGAGUUUUGGAAGAUGUUGUUUUAAAUGCUGGGGCUGGAAAAUUUAUAAACGCCGGGCGAGAAAUUGACAUCUCAAAGAUAACUUUAUUAGGAUCAUCAGCAAAUGUACAUCCUCAUUCAACAAUUACCCCAACAAUGAGUAUCAUGGAUUGCAAAAAUAAAUGCUUUAAUCCCCCACAAAAAGAAAUGGGUAAAUAUAUAACCUCAAAAAAACAAUUAUUAAGCAACAAAGUUCCAAAACCGAUUAAGAAACUCCCAUAUAUAACUCCAAAUCAACAACAACCAAAUUCACUUCAACCUGCAACAAAUUUAAGCUCACAAGAUAUAAUGAACUUGCCAAUAAUCUUUGCUGAUGACAACCAAAUGUUAACAAACAAUGUUAUUCAACCAAACGAUCCCUCUCAAAAUUUGGGGUCUUACACGGUUACAAAACCGGGAAAUAGCGGGAAAAUUGUUUUUAUUAACAAACAGCAGCUUCCUUUAACGACGUCGUUUCCAUCGGCGACAAUAAAACGACCAGCAGCACCUCCAGUUCCGAUUAGAACGAAUGCAAAUUCGGUGAAAUAUGCCAAAAUUAUUUUGUCGAAAAGGGUUGCUGCUGAAGAUGGAAAAAAGAAUGAUAAUCAGAUGCAUGAUAUUGAAAGUCAAUUGGUUGCUACUUCUUUACCAAAUCCAAAGUUUGUAAAAACGGAUUUUAGUGAAGAAAUUAAGAAAAGAUUAGGAGAUAGUAUUGAAGAAAAUGUUUCUAAAAUAUUUAAAUCAGAGUAGAUGUAUUUAUGUUUUGAGUUUAAUUAUAAAAUAAAAAAAUUUAUGACGUGUUUUUACCACCCACUUAA